AUUCACCCUUUUGUGUCUGUCCCACUAGCCAUUCACCGGUAUCCAAGGCAUUGUCUCUCCCGUACUUUGGCAAGGCAAGCCGGUCGCGAGGUUCCAACAUGGCGUCCUUAGCAACAGCGUUCUAAAGGGCAGAGUCCACCAAGCGUGACUAUCGCAAAGCGGGUGCUUCCGUGGUGGUAUCUAUAAACAUAAAAGUAGUUUGUCGUAAAGGGUGGGUACACGCGCGCUGCUGCAGCCAAGUCUGGCACUUUAUAUUCUAAUUUUGUCUAAUUCGGACAAAACAUCACCAGGAUAUCCGAGAGAAAUCUACUCUUCUCACAGAGUUGAACUUGGGAGAUUAUUAUCAAUUUCCAACAACCAUCAUAAUUAUUUUGUCUAAUCGUUGGAGAAUUAUCUCGCACGCGGGACAACAUUUAUAAUCGGAUUGUGGACACGAGUGAAGAUUAUUACACCUUCAAUACUUAUUAACUUUACUUCGUGAAGAAAAUUAGUGAAGAAAUCAGUAAAAAUGCAGGAAUACAGUGGCCAGACGAUGACUUCGAGUUAUUUCAAGGCGCAGCCGACAAUUGGGUCAAGUUUUCUCCCACCCCUUGAGAGCACGAUGCGCGCCUCCUACAAGAGCUAUGCCCCACCAUUCGUGGUGAGCCAGUCCCUCCAACUCCCGUGGAAGCCUUCGGCAAGCUACCGUGGAGCCCAGCAGUCCAUGCCCAUGACCCGAAGUGCACCGGAGUUCAACCCGAGCACCCUUUACCGAGAUGAUACCAUGAUGAAGGUACCCCCUUUGAUGCCUUCCGCGAGGACCGCCCUGUUCUCCAAGUACACCCCUCAUGACUGGUUCAAGAGCAAUAACACCAACUACCGAACCUCCGAUAUGACACGAGGUGCCGCCCAGCGACUCCGAGACGAGAACAUUCGCAUCUGCCACGACACCGACGCCCGAACCGUCAAGACGCAGCAAGAAUCAAACAAGAAUCUUGGUGAUCGUGUCUGCGACAUCAACUUCUGGAAGUCCGAGGUCACCCACGAGUUGGACGAGAUGGGUAGGGAGAUCAACGAUGUCACUGAGUGGAAGAGGAGGUUGGAGAAUGCGCUGAAGAAUACCGAAGGCCCCCUCCAGAUCGCACAGGAAUGCCUCUUCAAUCGAGAGAAAAGACAAGGAAUAGAUCUCGUCAACGAUGCCGUCGAGAAAGAACUUAUUAGGGAAGUCAACACGAUAAGGAAGAGUCAAGAUCAUUUGAAGAAGAUGAUUGAUAGAGCCAACAGUCAACUAAGUAUGGACCGAGCAGCACAACACGAGCUAGAGAAGGACCUAACUGAUAAAUUCCGUGCUCUUACUAUUGAUAACAAGUGUCAUCAGCUCGCCAACACCUCAUCAGGGCUUGGAUACUUCCGAGGAGUGGAAGGCGUUGAUCAGACUGUGACUGUUCCCGAGAGUUGGGCCAAGUUUAGCAACGAUAACAUCCUUCGAUCGCAACGGGAACGUAACUCCUCCAAGGGAUUACGAUCCGAUGUCGAUUCAUCCCUCCAGGAAACUUCAAAUGACAUGUGGACCCAGUACAACACUGUCAAUGUGGCUUUCUCUGGAAGGAUUGCAGAGACCAUGGACGCCAGGAAUAGCAUUCAGGCUCAUCUUGCUAAGGUUCUUCAAGAGAUUAAUGAGAUGGAGAAUAACAUCUCUCUUCUCCGUAAGUCUAUCAAGGACAAGGAAGCACCGAUGCAGGUUGCCCAGAGCAGGCUAGAGAACAGGACGAGGAGACCUAACGUGGAACUUUGCAGGGAUCAACCUCAACACAGGCUUGUUCAUGAGGUCGGAGAAAUCUACGAGACCGUUGACAUUCUUCAGAACCGCCUGCGCGCCGCCGAAAGCGCUCUGCAAGAACUCCUCCGCACCAAGACAACCUUGGAGCACGAUCUUGGAGUCAAGAAUAACUCCCUCUACGUCGACAAGGAAAAAUGCAUGGGAACCAGAAAGACCUAUCCCACGACAGCUAAGCUAGCUGGGUAUAGAGGCCAGUGAGAACUAUUUAAUUAGACUCUGCACCAAGAUGUGUAGUUUGUCGAAAAAAUUAGACAGGACUGCGAUAUUUAUGAUAUAAAAUAUUUCAGCUGCUUUGAUGCGGGACAUCUGUCUUUAUGUGAUACUACUCACUAUGUUUUGCCUUGGACUUGGUAUAUUUUUCGCCAAUUGCAGCUACUUUGCUAUCUUAUCCUCCAGAUAGUGAUUGUAAGUACUCUUGGUAUGGUCAGUAAAGAUGGCGAUCGUGAAAAAUUAAAACGAAUUCAUGCGCAGGCAGCGCUUGUAUUUUUGUUUAAAUCUGGCCUCAAAAUUAAAACAUCAGAUUUGAUUCAUAACAUGGUAUUGUUCCAGCCAUCAAUCUUAUCAAAAAGACCUAUAAGGCUCUCUUAAUGAGUAUUUUUCUUGUAACUUCAUGAAAGUCGAUAUCGUUUCUCCUCAUUUUGUUUUCAUUGUUGAAAACUAAAAAGAGUUUGAAAUGAAACGUAAUGUUUUUAUGACACAAAUCUGUAAGGUGUGCUCAAAUAUCAUGUUCUUGAUGAAAGUCUUAACAAGUUUUUAAAGCUUGAAUCAGUAUGCUUUUUUUUAAUUAGGCCGUUAAUAGAAUAGACAGGCGCAUAAUGCAUUACAAAGAAAACUACUGAAUUUAAUGAUAUUUAAUGAAAUCAAGACGUGAUUACACCGGGGAUUAUACUCUAUGACAAACAGUAGGCCCUCUAUUUAAUAAUUAAGAAAUUAUACGCAUGUGAAUAAAAAAAAGAAUCCGUCCAAAUAAUCUGCAAUUCAUACAGCUGCCUUUACAAUAUUAUCAUAUACCAUAUUUAUAUGUAUAUAAUGGUCACAGAUGUGAUUAGAAACCAUAGAAGUUAUAACAUAUUGAUGCAAUGUUAGGCAAAGUGUAUCUACAUUACAAUUUUCAGGGUUUUAAAUGAAACUAACCUAUGUGAAAAAUUGAUCAUACUCCAUGGAUACUAAUUCAAAUUAUAUCAUUAAAUAUGAUAUUUUAGAUAAAAGUAAGUUAGAACAUGUACUUUUAGAAGAAGAUAUUUAUUCUUAGUAUUUUUACAGAUAACUCUGACUGAAAAAGUAUAUUCAAAUUGCGCUCCUUUUUAGUUUACAAUCGCUGCCAAUUAGGUCAAUCUGCCUUAUUUCUUCAUACGACUCUCGCUAAGUUUGUGUCAAUUACCAAUUAUCGUAUUAUUAUGUAUAAUGAUUAUGUAACUUUGUAUAGAUUAAUACUAUUUUAUAUAUUACUAAUGAUUUGCAUUAUUGGAGUAAACGCAACAGUAACAGUUCAUUAAAUGAUUCUAGUAUUAUUAGUUACUAUUAUAUUACUAUUGCGUUUAGACUCUAUUUACAAAAUCUGAAUCCGUCCAUUCUUUUUUGUGCAUUAUUAGCUAUAUAAGACACUCCUCAUAUGGUUUUGCUUUAGGCAUUCACAAACACUGAAAGUAUCGCAGAUUUGUUUUUUCAUAUGAAUAUUCAUUAUGCGUUAUAUCUUUAAUUUUGCGCGUCAUAUGAAGCUGCAAUAAGAUGCGUGUGGGAAAAAACAUUUCUAACAAAAUCUUAUAGGAAUAAAACUUUUAUUUCGAAACAGGAAGGCAUUAUUAUGAUAUAAUAAAUGAUAACAUUCAUUUGAGUACAAUACCCGACGCGUAUCACAAAAGCCGUAUGGGGAGAGUCUUGAUUUAUAAGCGUUUUGAUGAACGUGCAAAAUAUUGUUCAUUGUUCGGUCGAUUUCGGCCAUUGCCUUAUUCUGCAUUUUUGUGUAAUGUAAUUUUCUUUGAAAGAGUGAUUUUGGGAAAAUGGAGUUUUCUGUUUGAACAAAGGAUGGUUACUAAUGUUUUCCUCGGAAUGUAUCAUCCACAUUCAUGCCAAUAAUAACGAUAAUAAUUAUGCCGUGCCUAUAUGAAAAGUGUUUUUAUAUCUUAAACUGUUCUGUGGCAAUAACUUAAAUUGAAUUAUGAACGACCUGUUUUGAGAUGAAAGUGGAUCGACACUUCGAAAGUGAACAAAUUAUCAUAAACAUUGAUGGAGAGAAGAGUUUAUUUCAUCGUUGAAUAGAAAAUGAAUGAAUUAUGGAAUGCUGUAUAUAUUAUAAUGAAGAGAUAAUUCAUAUUCUAGUGUACAGAUAAUGCCUUUCCAAACUUUUCGCCUUGUGCAUGCCGCAAAACAAUCUGAAGCAUUAUAUUGUUUAUUUUUCUUCAAAUUGAUUAAUCAACUAUGCAAUUGUGAAGUAGUGUCACUCAUUAUUAUGCCGUUUGGACACGAGUGUGUGUACAGUAUUCACGUGUGGACAAUAAAAAUAUCACUAAAAUAUAUCAAA